AUGACAGAAACUAAGAAGAAACACUUGUUUAUUCUCGUUCAUGGAUUAUGGGGAAAUCAUAAACAUAUGAACUCCAUCAAGGAGAUGUUGGAAAAGACUUUGGAUGAUAUUGAUGAUAUUGUGAUCUUCAAACCGGAAAACUCCGGGUACCUUAAGACGUUGCAUGGCAUCAGAGUGGUGAGUUAUAACGUAUUGGAUGAGAUAUGUAAGUUUGUCCUUAAUUAUGGUCCCGAAAAAUUCGAUCGAGUGAGCAUGAUUGGUUAUUCUAUGGGUGGAUUGGUAUCUCGGUUUAUUAUCGGUAAGAUGGUCACCGAAUGCAGGGAUAUUUUUCAACACAUGGAACCGAUGAUCUUCAUGACAUUUGCUACUCCGCAUCUUGGUGUGAACUUUUACCUGCCCAGUGAUAAGACAAGACGUUACGUGUCACGGAAGAUUCUGACUUCUGUGUUAUCUGGGCUUGGCAGGACGAUUCUUGGAAGGAGUGGGGCCGAAAUAUUCAUCAGUAAUAAGGAUGACAGAAUCCUUGUUGAUUUGUCUCAGGGUGAGUACCUUUAUGGGUUAUCAAGAUUUCAUCAUAGGGUAUGUUUCGCUAAUGUUAAGAACGAUAGAACAGUGGCAUUUUAUACUUCUUUUAUUACUGACAGUGAUCCAUUUAUCGAAACAGGGAAUAACGUCAGAUACCAUUUCAAUCACAACUUACCUAUAGACGUUUCAGAGUACCCUGUUCAACCUAGAGUACUCGAUUUGGAUUCCUUGGACCCAGCAGUUGACAGAAUUAAAGAAAAUGAAACCAUUGUCACAUUAAAAGAACGGUUCUCAAGAAUAUUGCUUAUUAUGGCGUUAAUGACAUUUUUCUUCCCACUGGUGUUCACAGUCAAUGUCAUUGGAACAUGCUACAGUUAUAUUACUACUUAUCAUCACCAUUCUCUCUUGAGAAAAGGACAUUGGAAGCUAGAAUCGGGAGAAAAUGGUGUUUUCAAUACUAUCAUGUCAUCCAUUAGAAAUGUAAUAGGUGAUGCUAUUAAUGAUGAACAAGAUAGCGGUAAGGACCAAGGAUCGGAUUGGUCCAUUGAGAAUAAUAGUUUAUAUCACACCCUCACUAAUGAUUCUGCGCAAAUGAAUGACGUAUGGAAACAAUUCAUUCGUUCUCAUUCAAAAGAGUGGAAACAUACAAAGUUUCCGAAACUUCCUUUCGAUGAAAGUAGAGCUACAAUUUAUCAAAAUUUAACUAAAUUAACUUGGAUACGGGUACCUGUAUAUAUUAAAACACUAAAUGCUCAUGAUGGGAUUGUGGCCCGGAAAGGCUUAGAUAGUGCGACACCCUAUGGAGUUGCUAACGUCGAGUUUGCCUGUGAAUUGAUCAACCAUCUAUUGGACUAA